GAAGUUGAAGCGCCAAUGAAAAAUCUGCAAUUUUUGACGUCAGGCCAAUCAGAUCGCAAGACUAAAUUCAAAUAGUUAUCCGCACAUGUUCGCUUGAAGUCGUAGCUGGGCGUUUACUGUGAUUAUUUUCAAAUUGUUUUUCUCUUCCUAACCAAAAGGUGUAUCAUCACCAUGGAUCGCCAAUUUUCUCAUUUGCGCCGCCGGGACAGCAGUGUGGCCAUGCUGAGGGUGAAAAUGUCCCGCAGAAUCAGUCAGAACCAGAAGGAGAAUCGAGAGCGGGCUGUGGAUGCACGAAGGCAGCUGGACAAUCUCACAGAGCAGGAAACUAAUCUGGAUAACUCUGCUGUGACCAACUCGCCAGCAAUGAAAGACGUCACAAACGUCAAGGAAAAAUCUGCCAAAACCAAGGCCUUGGAAGAGAAGCUGAAACAGCUUGCUCGCUGGAAAGAGAGAAAGGCCCUCCAGAAAGAGAAAGUAAAGCAAGAGAGGGAACGGAAGGGAGUGUUUAAGACUGGCCUGUAUCGUCCGCAAGACACGGUUUUCUCCCGGCCUGCGCUACCGGCGGCCUCAAAAGCAAAAGAGACCAAAACAAACGCGGCUCCAUCACAAAGCAGCAGAGUCACCCGUUCAAUGAAACAGCAGCAGCAGCAGCAAUUGCAGAAGCCUCUAAAGACGCUCCGUUCGAAUACGGCCGCAAAGAAAGAUCCAACUGCUCCUCAAAGACCGACCAGGGCCAUUUCUGUCAAAGCAGCGUCAGCGGGGACCGUUGGAAGAGGCCACUCAACCAGAUCGGCUAACGGGACUGUGACAGCGCCCCCUGCAGUCCAAAACCAACCAAAGGACACAUUGCCAGAUCAGAGAACCACAAGGAGAAGAGCCAUUGUUUCCCCUUUGCCACGGGCCUCUGCGAGCCAAAGGAAAGACGCAGCCGACGACAACCCGGCCGAACAUCCGCUCGUGACCCGACAGGAUAAUCCGGCGCCGGAGGAGGAAUUUGAGAAACUCAAAUUGGCGACUCGCUCUGAGGAGGGGACCGCCGCGGCGGGCCAAGGACGAGUCGAGCCGCCCUCUUUCGCUCCCGAGGGCUUCGUGUUCCAGGCUCCCGCCGGCUUGGAAGCCUUCUCUUUUGUGCCCCUCACACCUCGCUCGGCGGAUCGCUUCCUCGCGCCGAUGUCCGCGUCGCCGUACUUGACGCGCUCGCAAGCCAAACUCGAACGCGAGCGUCAGGCUGAGCCACGCCGAUCCUCUCCACGCCGCUCUCCUCCUCCUCCUCUCGCGGCGGGUUCUCCGAUGCCGAGCAGCCCCCUUCAACCAAAGCGUGAUGUGCCAUAUUUCAGGUCACAGCUGGCCAACGAGUCGGACUCAUUGACAUCUCUGUGUGAUCUGUGGCAGACGAGAGUGGAAGACGAGUCCAUCCCUGAGGAAAUGCGAGGCCGCCUGCGUACAACCGUGGGCCAGGCCAGGCUGCUCAUGAAAGAGCGUUUCAAGCAGUUCGGCGGCCUGGUGGACGACUGCGAGCUGCGCCGAGGGCCGAAGCUCACCACCUGCGGCGACCUGGAAGGCUUUUGGGACAUGGUUUACUUCCAAGUGGAAGACGUUCGCGGGAAGUUUGACGCCCUCAAAGAAGCCGAGGCGCGAAACUGGCUGGAAGAAACCAAAUCGCCGUCACCCCAGCAGAAGAAAACGGUCAAGAAACCCGCACCAGCGCCAGCCAAGCCAACAGGAAGCAAGGCGGGGGCAAAGUCCGGCCUGGCAGCGGUGAAAGCGGCCAUGAGAGCUCAAAAGAAGGCGGCCGAGGCCGCAAAGGCCGCAGGUGACGCCACCGACGGCGAGCCCCGCCCGCCCUCUCGAGGAGCGCCGCGUCGGUCUGACGUUGUGGUUUUUGACGGGGGCUUCUUCUGUGUGGAGAGCCCAGCCAAGACUCCCGGUGGCGUGAGGCGAUCCAGCCGCCUGAGUGCCGCCGCGCCGCCGCACGCCUCGUCGCCCCUCCCCGACUACUCGACUCCAAGAAGGGUCACUCGUCGCUCCCUCGCAUUGGGGCAGACCGUCGGAAGCCCCGCCCAGUCCACUCGGACUCCCCUCUGCCGCCCUGGCGACCGAAGCUCCAAAUGUAACUCCGAGCCGCUGCCCGUGCAAAGAGAAAAUGCUGACGCCCCCGCGCCUUUCUCACUUCUUGUGGACGCACCUUCUGGGGGGGGCCAGCUGGAAGCUCUGCAGGAAGACGUUUUGCUCACCGUCACCAAAGAACCUUCUCCGUUAACCCCACAGCCACCACAGGCCGAGACAGCAGAGGCGUCCUUGUUUCUAUUCACGCCGAACCCCAAGGACAGGAUCCGGCAGUCUGUUUGCCCCCGUGACCUCAUGUACUUCACGCCACCGCUGUAACUAUGCAUCAAAUCUCCUUUUUUCAUUCUGUAAAAGGGCAACCCCCCCACCCCCUCCUCCCCGCCGCCUCAGAAAAAUAGUUGCCGUUUUAUUUUUAAAAAUAUUGUAACUUGUUUUAUGAUUUACCCUCAAUAAAAUUGGAGUCCAAAAAAGGAGUCUUCGCGAUAUAAUGAAACACUUUUUUUAAUAAAAUAUUUUCCAAGCCGG